GCCGGAUAUAUGUAGCCGGCGGCUGAGCACGCCGCUGCGUGAGGCGCUUCUCGUCCGCCGGGCCCUGUGGUGAAGCGGUGCCUCCGCUCCCGUCCCGCUCUGCCCGCAGUUUUCAGUUGACCAAAGAAAUGGUGAUGGAGAAGCCAAGUCCCCUGCUGGUCGGGCGGGAAUUUGUGAGGCAGUACUAUACCCUGCUGAACCAAGCACCUGACUAUUUGCACAGGUUUUAUGGAAAGAACUCUUCCUAUGUCCACGGUGGCUUGGAUUCCAAUGGAAAACCAGCUGAUGCAGUCUAUGGGCAAUCUGAUAUCCACAAGAAGGUGCUGUCACUAAACUUCAAGGAUUGCCACACAAAGAUCCGUCACGUGGAUGCCCACGCCACCCUCAACGACGGUGUGGUGGUGCAGGUGAUGGGGGAGCUCUCCAAUAACAUGCAGCCCGUGCGCAGGUUCAUGCAGACCUUCGUGCUCGCUCCUGAGGGCUCUGUUGCAAACAAGUUCUAUGUCCACAACGAUAUCUUCCGCUACCAGGAUGAGGUUUUUGGGGACUCUGAUACUGAACCUCCAGAGGAAUCAGAGGAGGAAGGGGAAGAACCUGAGGAAAGACAGCAGACCCCUGAGGCUGUUCCUGAUGAUAGUGGUGCUUAUUAUGAGCAGGCUGUCAGCAAUGACAUUGAGGAACACCUGGAAGAGACAGCUGCAGAGGCAGAGCCUGAGCCGGAGGCAGAACCUGAACAGGAGCCUGAACCUGAGGUGCAGGAAGAGAAGUCUGAGCCAGUAUUAGAGGAAUCUGCUCCAGAAGAGACUGUGGAAAAGAGUCCUUCUCCAGCUCCUGCUGAUCCAGCUCCUGCAGUGCAAGAGGACUCCAGGACAUUUUCCUGGGCAUCAGUAACCAGCAAGAACCUUCCUCCCAGUGGGGCUGUCCCAGUAUCAGGAAUACCACCUCAUGUUGUGAAAGUACCAGUCUCACAGCCCCGCCCUGAGGCAAAGCCUGAAUCUCAGACCCCCCCUCAGAGACCCCAGAGGGAUCAGCGAGUGAGGGAGCAGCGAACGAGCAUCCCACCACAGCGGGGUCCUAGGCCAAUUCGUGAGGGUGAACAAGGCGAUGUGGAAACCAGGCGGAUUGUGAGAUACCCAGACAGUCAUCAGCUGUUUGUUGGGAACCUUCCCCAUGAUGUGGAUAAAUCUGAACUUAAAGACUUUUUCCAAAAACUUGGCUUUUCUCUUGCAGGCUAUGGCAAUGUUGUUGAACUCCGCAUCAACAGUGGUGGAAAGCUCCCUAAUUUUGGGUUUGUGGUGUUUGAUGAUCCUGAGCCAGUUCAGAAGAUCCUUAGCAACAGGCCCAUCAUGUUCAGGGGAGAGGUGCGCCUGAACGUGGAGGAGAAGAAAACACGAGCUGCCAGGGAGGGAGACCGCAGAGAUAACAGACCCCGUGGACCUGGAGGCACUCGUGGGGGGCUGGGAGGUGGGAUUCGAGGGCCUCCACGUGGAGGAAUGUCCCAGAAGCCAGGAUUUGGAGCUGGAAGGGGGAUCGGGCAACGCCAGUGAAUUCAUCGCGGAUGUUGACGUGGUGGCGCAAACCCUUUUUCCUGCAGAUUUGUGAAUUUCAGCCUUGGGUAUCUUGGAAUGUGGCCCUAGCCUGUUAUAGACUGCUACGUUUGAUACUAUUUUGGCCCCUUUUUUGUUUGUGUUAUGGUUCUGUGAUUUAUUUUUUUCUAGUCCUUGUCCCAGAUUCCAGCUUUGUGGAACAACGUUUUAGGAAAAGUGGAUUUUAAAAAGAAAAGAACUGAAUUUUCUUGUUCACCUCAAACUUACGGACUGAUUUUUGGUUUUUUGGUACCAGUGGUUUUUCCUAAAGGAAUGUCUUUUUCUUUUUUCUUUUGGUUUUUUUUUUCUCCUCCCCUCUUUCUACUGAAUUUGGGUGCAGUCAGCGGAAUAAUAUUUCACGUGCAUGCGUUCAAGAGCCUGUAGGAAAACAUAGUUCUUGGCAAGUAUUCCAAGGGCAGAAAAGCAAAACUCUUGGUGUUUCUUUGAGGGUCAUAUGAACAUCCUCCAGUCUGGAGACAUUGCCACUUGAAAAAUUGACUUUCACCUUUCUCUGUGGCGCUGUAAAAGUGGAAUAAUGAGUAUCCGUAGAAUCUUUUUUCCUUUUGAUACAUGAUCACAGCAAGGAAUUCGAACUACUGUUUUACCACUUUGAAAUUUUGGAUUGUGGGAUAGGUUUUAAAUGUCUAGAACUUGACUCUUCAAACACUUUUCCUGAACUUGUGAAAUUUUUUAUUGAAAUAGGGAGUUUUUUUCAUGUUUAGUUUGUAUUUGUAUAAAAAAAAGCAAAAUUGUUGUGCCUUCUAUUUAUCUCUCAUUCCAGUUUUGGCAAAUUGUUUAAAAAAUAAAAAUAAAAAAGGUCUAGAUUUGCUUUAUCAA